AUGCCCAGUAUUGGGCUCUGCAGCUGUUGGGGUGGCCGGGUACUGUCCUUGCUUAUGGCCUAUGUCUGCUACCUGCUACUUGGGGCCACCAUCUUCCUGGAGAAACAGGCAGAAGCUCAAUCCAGGGACCAGUUCCAGCUGGAAAAGCUGCACCUCCUAGAGAACUACAGCCGGCUGGAGCAGCAGGCCUGGAGAGUUCGUGCAGGCAUGGGCUAUGCUCACUGGAGGGCGCUAGAGAACAAAGCGGCCAGCUCCCUGGACGCCCAAAGCUCUCAGGCUUCCACCACACACCCAACAGGAGGGAAGCCCCAGACCCCACCUUCCCAAGCAGACCCUUCUAGAAGUCAUCAGGAAGCCUGGGUGAAAGUCGUGAACCCCAAAGUCAACUCCGCCAACCCCUGCAACUGGGACUGAAGCAGUUUCUUCUUUGCAGGCACAGUGGUCACCACCAUAUGCUGUGGAAACCUGGUGCCCAGCACAGAGGUGGGGCAGGCCUUUUGUGUCUUCUAUGCCCUGCUAGGCAUCUCACUCAAUGUAGUCUUCCUCAACCAAAUGGGCACAGGGUUACAGGCACACCCGACCACACUGGACAGCUGGGAAGACCAUCCCAGGCAUCCCCAGCUCCUGCAGGUCCUGGGCCUUGUUCUGUUCCUGACCCUGCAGACCCUGGUCACCCUCAUCUUCCCACCCCUGUUAUUCAGCCAUGUGGAGGGCUGGAGCUUUGGUGAAGGCUUCUACUUCAUCACCCUCAGCACCAUUGGCUUCGGGGGCUAUGUUGUCAAUGAGAAUGAGAUAAUUAGGUACCCUGGAACAGACCCCAGUAAGCAUUAUAUCACCAUGUACCAGAGCCUGGCAGCUGUAUGGAUCCUCCUAGGGCUGGCAUGGCUGGCAGUGGUCCUUAGCCUGGGGUUCCUGCUUCUGCACAGAUGCCCCCAUCUCUGGUUGCUCAUCAGAGGCCCGGACCUCAAGGAUGGAGGAGACCCUGACUCCAACCCCAGACCUCAGGAAAUUCCCAAGUGUUCCAGCCACCCAUCCUGCCUCACCACCCCCAAGCCCACGUCAUCCUCUGCCGUUCCUCUCCAACCCACACACUUCUCAGAAGGGGUGGCCUGCACCAGGUCUGGGGACCUGACAGUAACUGUUCCUACCCUUGCUGCGUCUUCAGUCUGGAAGGACUGGACAUAUGGAGAGGCAGCCCCAGUGCCUCACCCCCAGAGCUUUGACUGA